UGCGGCCCCAUCUCGCCGCCCCGGCGCCCUCGCCGCCGCUGCCGCGCCUCGCCAUCCCAGCGCCCACGCCGCUGCGUCCUCCGCGUGUGCCGCCGCGUGCUCCGCGCGGCCACAGCACCGACAACUCGACCAGGCCGCCGUCGCUAGUCCCCUGCACGCGGCCUGGAAACGAGGACCUUCUGCUACCUGCGCAGCUAUUGCAGCUCCUUCUGAAAAAUGGUGGAGUCAGAGAACAUGGGAACUUCAAGCAGUAUAAUGUUGAAGCUGGAUUUGAGAUGGGAGAAUUGGGAUCAUGGGCAAGCGAUGAUGAGCUAGUCAAGAUGGAGGCCGGAUAUCUUCCUCACCGCUGCAGGGAUGACUCAUUUGAAGAUAGCGAGACAAGUGAGCUUCUAAUUUCAAAGCUUUCCAGUCUUGUUGGGGAAAUCUAUCGCGAUUUACCAGAAAAUUUGCAGAAGAAGUUAGGUGAUGAAGUAAGAAGGGCCACAGAACAACCAGCAGAUAACAGUGGACAGGCAAAGGGAUGGAUGUGGGGAGCGAGAGUGUCAAAGAAGAACCAGCUGUCAGCUCGCCAGCUCCAAGUGCAACAGAAAAGAACAUUUUUCUUCGUUGGGGGGUUGAAAAAGUCAUAGGUCCUUUUCUUAUAUGUGUCGCUCUGACAGUCAUUAGGAAGUUUAUCAUCAGCAAGGAGAUUUGGAAGAAAAGCUACAAAGCAAAUGAGAUGGUUAAUUUGUGGAUCAAUACCUUCGCAAAAGGGACGUUCUUCGCUGUAAAAGAAUUUCCAGUAACGCGUGGUGGGUUAGAACUGUGGGCUCAUUUAGCCUCAUUUGCUAUUGAGCUUCUUGGGGCCACAUGGCUGUUAUGGAGGUUUGGGUUCUGGGAGUCCGAUGUUGUGGACAGUUGACCUGUAGAUUCAUGUGAUGGUUUACUGCUUAGAUUGUUAGAUCUGUAUGGUUUCCGAGAUGGUUAACUACAGCUGCUGACAAACUCAUUAGCAGCUAACUGUAAUCUGUACUAUUGUUGAAGCUGGUAAUUGAGUACAUACAGAAUACGCUGAA